AUGGCGUCUCCAAGCAGGAAGACGUCGAGCCCGAGUCCCCAGGCUUCCAAGCGGACUCUCCCGAGAGACGCUUCCUCCGAGGUCCCGAGGAAGAGAAAGAACUCCAACCUGUUGCCUUCGCAGCCCACCGGUCCUUUUGUGGAGGGGUCCAUUGUUCGUAUCACGAUGCAGAACUUCCUAACAUAUGAUUUCUGUGAAGUAUCUCCUGGACCCCAUCUGAAUAUGAUUAUUGGCGCCAAUGGAACAGGGAAGUCAAGCAUAGUGUGUGCCAUUUGCCUUGGACUAGCAGGCAAACCUGCUUUCAUGGGACGGGCAGAUAAGGUUGGAUUUUUUGUGAAGAGAGGAUGUUCCAAAGGUGUGGUUGAAAUUGAAUUGUUCAGAACUUCUGGAAAUCUUAUAAUCACUCGUGAAAUUGAUGUGAUAAGAAAUCAGUCCUUUUGGUUCAUCAACAAAAAACCUGUAGCCCAGAAAAUAGUAGAAGAACAAGUUGCAGCCUUAAAUAUUCAAGUGGGUAAUCUCUGCCAGUUUCUACCUCAGGACAAAGUUGGGGAAUUUGCUAAGCUCAGCAAAAUUGAACUCCUUGAAGCUACUGAGAAGUCCAUUGGUCCCCCAGAGAUGCACAGGUAUCACUGUGAACUCAAAAACUACAGGGAGAAAGAAAAGCAGUUGGAGACUUCAUGCAAAGAGAAAACUGAAUACCUGGAGAAAAUGGUUCAGAGAAAUGUAAGAUACAAACAAGAUGUAGAGAGGUUCUAUGAACGAAAACGACAUUUGGAUUUAAUUGAGAUGCUUGAAGCAAAAAGACCAUGGGUGGAAUAUGAGAAUGUACGUCAGGAAUAUGAAGGUGUAAAAUUGAUUCGUGAUCGAGUGAAGGAAGAAGUCCGUAAACUUAAAGAAGGGCAGAUUCCUAUGACACGUCGAAUUGAGGAAAUUGAAAGGCAGCGUCAUCAUUUGGAGGCUCGAAUCAAAGAAAAGGCAAUGGAUAUUAAGGAAGCAUCUCAAAAAUGCAAACAAAAGCAAGAUUUUAUAGAAAGGAAGGAUAAACAUAUCGAAGAACUUCAGCAAGCCUUGACAGUAAAACAAAAUGAAGAGCAUGACCGACAGAGGAGAAUAAGCAAUACCCGAAAAAUGAUAGAAGAUUUGCAAAAUGAACUAAAGACCACAGAAAACUGUGAGAAUCUGCAGCCUCAGAUCGAUGCUAUUACAAAUGAUCUGAGACGAGUACAGGAUGAAAAGGCACUGUAUGAAGGCGAGAUCAUUGAUAAGCGAAGAGAAAAGGAGAUGCUAGAAAAGGAGAAAAAGAGUGUGGGUGAUCAUAUCAUACGUUUUGACAAUCUUAUGAAUCAAAAGGAAGAUAAACUGAGACAGAGGUUCCGGGAUACAUAUGAUGCUGUUUUGUGGCUAAGAAAUAACAGAGACAAGUUUAAGCAAAGAGUCUGUGAGCCUAUAAUGCUCACGAUUAAUAUGAAAGAUAACAAAAAUGCCAAAUAUAUUGAAAAUCAUAUUUCAUCAAAUGAUUUGAGAGCUUUUGUAUUUGAAAGUCAAGAAGAUAUGGAGAUUUUCCUCAGAGAGGUUCGUGACAAUAAGAAGUUAAGAGUAAAUGCUGUUAUUGCCCCUAAAAUUUCACAUGCAGACAAAGCACCUUCAAGAUCUCUGAAUGAGCUAAAACAGUAUGGAUUUUUCUCUUAUUUACGAGAGUUGUUUGAUGCACCUGAUCCUGUAAUGAGUUACCUUUGUUGCCAGUAUCAUAUUCAUGAAGUUCCUGUGGGAACUGAAAAGACCAGAGAAAGGAUUGAACGGGUAAUACAAGAAACCCGAUUAAAACAAAUUUAUACAGCAGAAGAAAAGUAUGUGUUAAAAACUUCAUUUUAUUCAAAUAAAGUUAUUUCUAGUAAUACAUCCCUGAAAGUGGCCCAGUUUCUCACAGUCACUGUAGAUCUUGAGCAGAGAAGACACUUGGAAGAACAGCUGAAGGAAAUUAAUAGAAAAUUGCAAGCUGUAGAAUCAGGAUUGAUUACCUUACGUGAUACAACCAGACAUCUUGAACUCAAAGACAAUGAACUUAGACUGAAGAAGAAAGAACUUCUUGAAAGAAAAACCAAAAAAAGACAACUGGAGCAAAAAAUUAGUUCCAAGUUGGGAAGUAUAAAGCUCAUGGAACAGGACACCUGUAAUCUGGAAGAGGAAGAACGGAAAGCAAGUACCAAAAUCAAAGAAAUAAAUGUUCAGAAAGCAAAGCUUGUUACUGAAUUAACAAGCCUAGUUAAGAGUUGUACUUCUUUGCAUAUACAAAAAGUAGAUUUAAUUCUUCAAAAUACUACAAUGAUCUCUGAGAAGAACAAAUUAGAAUCAGAUUACAUGGCUUCAUCUUCACAACUACGUGUCACAGAGCAACACUUUGUGGAUUUGGAUGAAAAUAGACAAAGGUUGUUGCAGAAAUGCAAGGAACUUAUGAAGAGAGCAAGGCAAGUAUGUAACCUGAGUGCAGAGCAACCUGUUCCUCAAGAAUAUCAGACACAAGUACCCACCAUUCCAAAUGGACACAACUCCACACCCCCCAUGGCCUUCCAAGAUCUUCCAAACACAUUGGAUGAAAUUGAUGCUUUAUUAACUGAAGAACGAUCAAGAGCUUCCUGCUUUACAGGAUUGAAUGCUUCAGUGGUUCAAGAAUACACAAAAAGAGAAAUAGAAAUACAGCAAUUAACUGAGGAACUAAAGGGAAAGAAAGUUGAACUCGAUGAAUACAGGGAAAACAUUUCACAGGUGAAAGAAAGGUGGCUUAAUCCCUUAAAAGAGCUAGUAGACAAAAUUAAUGAAAAAUUCAGCAAUUUUUUUAGUUCCAUGCAAUGUGCUGGUGAAGUUGAUCUCCAUACAGAAAAUGAGGAAGACUAUGAUAAAUACGGAAUUCGAAUUAGAGUCAAAUUUCGCAGUAGUACUCAACUGCAUGAAUUGACACCUCAUCAUCAAAGUGGAGGUGAAAGAAGUGUUUCUACCAUGUUAUACUUAAUGGCGCUCCAGGAGCUUAACAGAUGUCCAUUCAGAGUAGUUGAUGAAAUCAACCAGGGUAUGGACCCAAUCAAUGAACGAAGAGUAUUUGAAAUGGUUGUAAAUACUGCCUGUAAAGAAAACACAUCUCAGUACUUCUUUAUUACACCAAAGCUCCUACAAAAUCUUCCUUAUUCUGAAAAGAUGACAGUAUUGUUUGUUUACAACGGUCCUCAUAUGCUGGAACCAAACCGAUGGAAUUUAAAGGCUUUUCAGAGACGGCGGCGCCGUAUUACCUUCACUCAGCCUUCUCAGUGAAGGGACAGGGAGGAGACUUCAGAGGUUUUUGUUUUAACUGUUUAUACAUGUGGCUCAACUGAAUAAAAGCAGAUUUAUUGAAAAAGAAAGAUUGGUUAUUUUUGGAAACCUGCUUUUAAAUAAAAAUGUCGAUGAAAUACAGUGACUCUCUGGAACAGUCUCUGGUAGUAUAAAUUAAGUCUUCAGUAUUGGUUGAACUUGACUCUUUAGUGCUCUGUGAGUACUGAAUUCUCCUGUUUAAAGGUAUACACUGCCCCAGAGUGUGUGGUGGCACACACAUCUUAUCCAGCACUUGAGAAGUAGAGGCAGGAAGAUCAUGAGUUCAAGACAAACCUGGGCUGCCUAGCAAGUUCCAGACCACCUAGGCUGCAGAGUGGGAUCCUGUCUCAAAAAAAAAGGUUAUUUACUCUUUCAAAUCAGAAGUUUGGUAGAACAGAAUUAUCAAUCCCAAAGAGUUUACUUAACAUGGUAGCCCUGAGCAUUAAUUGCAGAGUAACUUUAAUUACUUUUAUAGCCUAAAGACAACUCUAGAACUAGAAUCUCAGUUUUCUUCCAGUAUUACAUUUCGUUUUUAAAAACAGAGGACUAUCUAGUCUAAUGUAUACUAAUUUAUGGCAGACCUGUUCAUUUCUUCCUGUUAAAAAAGUUACCUUAUCUUCAUAGCAAACAGCCGUUUAUGGCCUUUUAAAGUUUUGGGAAACUUGAUACGAUAAUUUUAUUGAUAUCU